AUGACAACAUAUUCAACAGAAAUAUCUAAAUUAAUAUCUGACGGUUCUAGAGCUUAUUCCGCUAAGGAUUUUGAUCUUGCUGCUGAGAAAUAUGGUGAUGCAUGUGCAAAAUUUUCUGAAACCCAUGAUGGUAACGAAGAUGGUGACUUGUUGUUGUUAUAUGGUAAGGCAGUUUUCCAGAGUGGUGUUAGUAAAUCAGAAGUUUUUGGAGGAAACCCAUCUGCUGGACAAGAUUUAGAAGAAGAAACAGGUGACAGUACCAAGGAUGUUGGUGACAAACAAAAUGACAAGGAAGACGAAAAGGAUGAUGACAAGUUUCAAUUCUAUGCAGAUGGUGAUGAGGAAGAGGAACAACAACAACAAGAAGAAGAGCAAGAAGGUCCUCAAUUGGCAUCUGGAGAAGGCGAAGAAGAUGAAGGUGAAAAUCAAAGUGAUUUUGAAAUUGCAUGGGAAUUGUUGGACUUGGCUAGAUCUUUGUUUGAAAAUAAGGUUAAGUCAUUAGAUAAAGGGGAUUUGAAACCGCCAUAUUUAUCCAAAGAUACAGAAGAAACGGAAAACGAAUAUAUUGUUACAGUAAGGAAAUUAUCUGAAACUUAUGAUAUUUUGGGUGAGGUUUCAUUAGAGGCUGAAAAUUUCAACCAAGCUGCCGAAGAUUUGAAAAAGAGUCUAGAAUUAAGAUUAGAAUUGUAUCCUGAUACAUCAUCUUUGAUUACAGAAGCACAUUAUAAAUUGGCGUUAGCAUUAGAAUUUCAAUCGGAUGAUAUGGAGCUGAGAAAGAAAUCCGCUGAGCAAAUGAAAUUAGCCAUUGAAGCCUUGGAAAGAAGAAAUGCCAAAGAAAGUGAAGCCGACAAGAAGAAGGAUAACCAAGAAAUGAUUGAUGAAAUGAAGGAGAAAUACAGAGAUUUGUUAAAGGAUCCUUCUGAAGAACUCAAGAAUCAACAAUUGGAUAUCAUUAAAGGUAUAUUGGGAGAAGAAGCUUCAAGUGGUGGUAGUAGUAAUACCCAAAAUGUUGGUGCUGCUAUAGUUAACAACCUUCAAUCCAUGGUUAAGAAGAAGAAUGACAAACCAGUUGUGAAUGAUUUGUCCGGAUCAGUGAGGAAAAGAAAAAAGACAGACCAACAGGACAAAUCAAAGAAAGCAAAGAAAUAA